AACUCAAUAUCAAUUACUUUGGUCUAGCUGGAUAUUGUCAGAGCAUAUCGAUCGACUAAGUUUGUUGCUCGUUUAACAUUAGUAAAGCAACGUUUUUGGCAUUUAUAGAGUUUGUCAGAUCAUGUAAAAUUAUGUUUAACAAUCAGGGAAUUCAACCAGUAACUGUUGUUUUUAAUAACGCAAAGAACUGCUUUCUUCACCUCCCCUUGAAGUUGAUAUCGAAUCUCUCUCUGUAUGAGAACCAGGCUUUGGAGUUGUCCUGGGGCCAUGAUUAUCCAGUGUUCCUCAGCUGGACUCAGAAUAGAACCUCCUCUAUCCUUGACAGCUAUAAAGUGGAACUGUGUCGACAACUGGGAGAGAAGCUGGGUCUGAAAGAUGGAGAGCAGGGCUUCUUGAAACCAUGUCACAAGAUCUCAUCAGUGCAUCAAGUGUUUGUGGAGCCACUGUCACCUGAUGACUGGGAGAUCUUGGACCUUCACAGUGCUGCACUGGAGAAGCACUUGUUGGAUCAGAUCAGAGUGGUGUUCCAAGAUGCUGUGUUUCCUGUGUGGGUAGACAGUCACACAGCCGUCUACAUUCGAAUAGCUUCACUUUUGCCAUCUGUGCGCUAUGGUCGCCUGGAGCAAUUCACAGAACUAGUUGUCUCUCCUAAAAUCCGUGCUGGAAUUGGUGACCCCAGUGGUUUUCUGGCAAGAACUAGUGAGAAACAGUAUCUACACAAACAGCAGAAGUCGGAUCUCUCUUCCCCUUCAGGACCAUCAUUUGAAAACAUUUCUCAUGUCCCACAGAAUCACCAGUGGGGUGGCAUAGCUGACCUGAAGACUCUUCUGCACUAUAUGAUUAAGGGUACUUAUGAACCUAUGAAAGAGGUCCCGUCAGUACCUGACAUCCCUGCCCUCCUCACUGACUCUAUCUACCGAGUGUGUGGUGCACCUCCUGACUCUCUUUGCACCAUAUGCCCUGUUGCAACUGGUGUUAUUCAUUUAUUUCCGUGGAGAUAUGGACAAAAUUGUGGAUUAAGCGGAGGUCAGCCUUCAGUGACUUAUGGCUUACUCUCCCAAGUUCCUUCCCCUAAAGAAACAAGAGACAGAGCCAAGCAAGCCAUGGAGAAAAAGAAGAAUACAAGAGUUGCUAAAGCUGAUGCCUCUGUAGAUGGGGAGGAAAUAAAAGAAGAAGACACUGUGGUGGUCAGGGUGGUGUGCCAUGGUACUGAGAACCUACAAGUCAAACAAAGAAGUCUCAGUAAGGGAGUGAUCCAUAGUGGUAGAGUAUGGAUCCCACAGCCCCUGGCCAUCAGGUUGAAUAUCAUCCCACAUUCAACAGUUAGGAUUAAACCAGUAAUAUCAACUGUCAAAAUAGCCACCACUAUUCAUCUACAGCCUCUAAAACCAUUGACAUCAUCUCUUCAGCUUGAGGAGGAUAAAGAGGAGAUCCAGACAGCUCUCCUUGGUUGGCUGCACACUCGGAGUCAUGAACCUUUAGCUUGUCUGACUGCACGGUCUGGCACCAUCCUCCUACAUGGAACUGAUGCAAAGUUAGAGCUUGCUUUAACUGUGCUGAAACCAGAACCAGAGAGUGAUUCUCCAGACCAGCUGUUUCUAUUAGCACCCACUGUCAUCCAGAAACAGAACAUACUGGUAGACAGAGAGCCAGUAACCAUCCCAGCUGUGAAAGCUGCAGCUGAAAUGCCCAACUUAGAGCUUCCUCCCCUCAGCAUUCUUAGUGGGAUCGAUGAGCUUAGUAGAACUGGAUUUGAGUUCAUUUCCCACAGCCUACUGGGUGGUCUCCUCUCACAAGAGCUUGGUACCAGUGGACAGGGACUCCAAGGAGGAGCACUACUCAUCACUGGUGCUAAGGGCAAUGGAAAGAGCACUCUGUCCCGAGCCCUGUGCAGGAAAGCUAGAGAAGAUCUUGAUGCACAUGUGGAGGUGGUGGACUGCAAAAAACUACAAGGCAAAAGGGCAGAAACUGUGAGACAGAUGUUGCAGGAUAUUUUUGAAGAGGCGGAGUGGAGGCAGCCUUCAGUUGUACUUCUUGAUGAUCUGGAUUAUGUGACAGGGGCACCAACCUCACCUGAACAUGAGCAUGGCCCUGAGGCACUGCUGCAACAGCACAUUGCACAAAGCCUGAAGGAUGUUGUGGAUGAAGUGGUGCUUCACUCCAGCCUGGUGUGUCUGAUCAUCACCAGCCAAAGUGAGCACACUCUCCACCCCUUUUUGACUGAAGUGCAAGGAUCUCACUUCAUCCAGGGAUUUAUACAUAUCCAGCCACCAGACCAGGCCCAGAGAGCAGACAUCCUCCACCAUCUGAUCUUCAGGAAGCCCGGCCUGUCUGAGGAAACCUUACAGGCUUUGGACCUGGGGGCAGUUGCCAAGAAGACAGAGGGUUACACACCUCAAGACUUGGUGCUGCUGUUGGAGCGAGCUGUCCAUGCCAGUACUGUAGAAAGAGGACACAGUGACCAAGGUGUGUGUCUGUCCUUGAGGGACUUUGCACAGGCUCUUAAAGGAUUCACACCUCCCUCAUUGUGGGGUGUAGACCUCCACACCCCAAGUGGAGUUGGGCUGGAGAGGGUGGGAGGGCUGACCGAGGUGCGACAGCAGCUAAUGGACACCAUACUGCUCCCUGCUAAGUAUCCUGUCCUGUUCUCCAAACUUCCUAUCCGCCAUCGCUCAGGAAUUUUGCUGUAUGGAGCCCCUGGUACAGGGAAGACUCUGCUCGCCAAGGCUGUCGCCAAAGACAGUGGUAUGAACUUCAUCAGUAUCAAGGGUCCUGAACUACUGAGCAAGUAUAUUGGAGCCAGUGAGCAGGGAGUCCGUGAUGUCUUUCAGAGGGCACAGGCUGCCAAGCCGUGCAUCCUGUUCUUUGAUGAGUUUGACUCUUUGGCCCCCCGUAGGGGCCAUGACAGCACAGGGGUGACAGACCGUGUGGUCAACCAGCUCCUCACCCAGCUAGACGGGGUGGAGGGACUGCAAGGUGUAUAUGUGCUUGCAGCCACCAGCCGCCCAGAUCUGAUUGACCGAGCACUGCUGAGACCAGGACGACUGGACAAAUCCCUUUACUGCCCCCCUCCUGACUUGGCGGCUCGUGUGGAGAUCCUGAAAGCUCUGAGCACUGGCAUGCCCCUGGCUGCUGAUGUGGACCUGGAGCAGCUGGCUACAGUGACAGAGCAGUUCACUGGAGCAGACCUGAAGGCCCUGCUUUACAAUGCACAGCUGGAGGCCGUGCACAACAGCUUGAGCAUUAGCACGCCACAUGAGCUGACCUCUGGCUCAGACAGUGACAUGAGCCUGUCCUCAAUGAUCUUCCCAAACAAUAGCAGUGGCUCAGAUGAUUCAGUGGGAGAAGGAGACCCAGGCGUGGGACUGGACCACUCUGUGGUCCUCCUGGAGCCUAAUGAGCUCCAAGUAGAAGACAAACUACACCGUGGGAAUGUCUGGAGACUCUACUUUGGUAGCUCCUAUGAGUCAGAGUCGGGGAAUUCACCAAUUUCAGGACUGAAUUCUCAGUGCAUCUCUGGACCCAACUCCAUGACCCAUGACUGUACAGAGGCAUGGGUUCGUGACCCCGGCGGCUCUCUUCGUCCUGCAUAUAUGUCCUCCCUCCAGAGUGGAUAUGAAGAGCUAAGCCCGGAGCAGCUGGAUCGCCUACAGCAAGACAUCAAUAACAUAAAGAAGAACUACAUGAAAGCCAAUGAGGAAUGUGUCCGGGUACAUUCAGCCUCCAGCCAGCCGGGGCUGCUGCUGUGUCGUGCUCACAUGAACUCCGCCCUGGCUGUUACCAAACCAUCUCUCAGCAAGUCCGACUGGGACAGAUACACAAAGCUGUACGAAGGCUUCCGCAGUUCAGAUGGGAAAUCUCCUCAUUUAGUCACAUUCAAACCUGGACAACGUGUGACUUUAGCCUGAUCAAACACAUCAGCCUGACUCAACUAACUCAAUAUUUUGAUGUUUAUAACAAAAGGUGGUGAUGUAUUGAUAGGUAAUUUAACAAUCAAUGGAGUCUGUUUGAGAUUUGAAAACAAUAUAAAUGAACAUAAUGUUUGUAUAAAUUUUCUAUUGACUUAUUUAACUUCGAAUGUAAUUAGUGUACAUAUGUACUAUACAUAAUGUCUGAUUAUAAAACAUGUAAUUGUUAGAAUUAAAAGGGAACACUUUCUACACGUCUU